UGAUUUUGAUUUGGAUUAGCUAAAUUUGGUGGAAAUCUAUGAAAUUUUAACUGUUUAUCUCAUUAAUUUCCCUUAAUGAAAAACUCUACGGCUAUAUAAAUGCAUUGGUUGUGUUUAUAAUGUGCAAUGUCUCAGUAAAUUAUAUAUUGGAAAUUUUAAAUCCAAUGAUAGUUAUAGACCGAGACAACAAAAACAAAUAGUAGUCCACAAAAAUGGAUAAUUCCUCAUCAAGUGUGGCCGAUCACCUUCACAAAUUAUGUUCUACGUUGUCAUCUGAUCCAGAUGGUGCGUAUGAGCUGGCAAUAUCUUACCUGUCGUCCACCGGAGACAAGCCUCGGGGUGUGCAGGACGAGAAGCUUCUGUGCCAGAAAGUGCACUCGCGACUAGCCAGCAUCUCCGCCAGGGAUGCUGACAAAUUUGAUGAAUGCUACCAGAAAGUUAAGAGUUCUUUCAUCUUGAAGCAGAGGUCAGCAGUGCUCAGCCUGCUGCUUGCCCUGUCGGAGUCUCCGCAAUCCCCAGAGAUGUCUACGCAGCAACUGUUCCCCAUUCCACAGCUUACUGUCCCAAAGCCAUUGGCAGCCUCCAGCACUGGAAGCGCUUCCAGUAAGAGCACCAUUGGCUCCCUGAACUGGGGCAACAAGGCCUCCAACUCCAACCAGAGUCUGCCCUCCGACAACAGCAAUAUGGCUAUUGCAACUUAUACUGACCAGCACUCCGAGCGUCAGUGCAUCCGCGAGGCGGUCCUCGCCGCGACGGGGGUGAAGCUGCGCGCCCCCGCCCCCGCGCCGCGCCCCGCGCAGGCCCUGCUUGCCCGCAUCGCGCAUCUGGGCUUCCUGCAUGAUAGGCUGAAGGAGUUCAUUGAUCCCGCCUCCGGGCUUAUGCCGCAAGGAUUGAUGGGCGAAGGUCUAGUGUCCUCGAUAAGAGACGAACUCACAGAAUAUUACCGCAGCGUCGCUCUGCUACAAUCACAGGCGUGCGACAGCGACGGUGGCGGCGGCACGCUGCGGCGCAUGUGCGUGUGGGCGCAGGAGCCGCUGCACCGCCUCACGUGGCUCGCCAACAUCGCGCACACCGCGCACCAUAAGAAAGGUGGCGAGCUGGCGUCGUGCGUGCACCGCUUCGUGCGGCACGGCGACGACCGCGUGGCCACGCUGGCGCGCCGGCUGCUCACUGCACUCACGUAUCCGCUGCUGCUGAUGCUGACCAGGUGGCUUAUGCAUGGUGAAAUAGAGGAUCCGUUCAACGAGUUCUUUAUUGAGAGCAGAAGUGGCGUCCCGAUCGAUCGGAUGUGGCACGACAAGUACAGAGUACGUGAAUGGAUGGUCCCCUCGUUCAUGUCGCGCGAGCAGGCGUCCCAGAUCCUGGCGACGGGCAAGAGCGUGGUGUUCAUGCGAGAGGCGUGCGCGCACGAGCCCGCACCCGCCGCGCAUGCGCAGAGUCUUACUCUACUGCUGCAGCCGCCCACAGAAGGCUCGGCCUGGUGGGAAGCCCCGGAACUGCGCGACGCGGUGGCCUCGGCGCACACGGCGGCGUCGCAGCGGCUGCUCACAGCCCUGACUACACACCAUCACCUGUUGGACCACCUGGUGGCACAUCGGAGGUACCUGCUGUUGGCGCAGGGGGACUUCGUGCAUCAUUUGAUGACUCUGAUGCAAGAUGAGUUGAACAAGCCGGCGUCGUCGCUCUACGUGCACAAUCUCACCUGCACUCUGGAGGCGGCGGUGCGCGCCACCAACGCGCAGUUCGAGCCGCCGCACGUGCUGAGCCGGCUGCACGUCAACUUGUAUCCUAAUUGCGACGGGCGCAUCCAAGAGGACAGCGGCUGGGACGUGUUCGCGCUGCAGUACCGCGUGGACGGCCCGCUCGGCACGCUGUUCCCGGCCGCGUGCGCCGCGCGCUACCGCCUGCUGUUCACGCAGCUGUGGCGAGUGAAGCGCCUCGAGCACGCCUUGCACGACGCCUGGCGCCGCCACGCCAUACUCAACAAGCGGCUCAAGUACAUGCCCGAAGUAUGGGGCCUCAUGCGCCGGGUGUCCUGCCUCCGGGCCGAAGCCCUACGCCUCUGCAGCGCCCUCCAAGAGGCCGGGGCGGCGCGCGCCGAGCCCGCCUGGGCAGAGCUGCUGGCUGGACCCAGGCCACAUCUGGACGCGCUGUUGGAGUUACAUCUGGCGGCUUUAGAACGCCAGUGUAUAGAUGCCAUGAUACAUCAUACUACGCAGGAGCUACAAUCCUACCUGGGCAACGUGUUGAACGAAACCCUGGCCCUGCGCAGCUUUGAGACGACGCUACACGCCGGCAUCACCGCCGAGCUGGACCGACGACAGGCCAUCGAGGAGAUGAAGGGGGAGCGGGUCGCUAGAGGUGAAUACGCAUUUACUGCUGCAGACGAAGCUCAAGAUAAGGAGAAACGCAAGAUAUUCCUCCAGUUCUUGGCCAACAGAAAGGCUGAUCUGAAUGUGUGGGCGAGGACUUACAGGGGCCACGUGACAACCCUAAUCCUAAAGCUGGCGCUACACGCGGAGACGUCGCUCCAGACGCUGGCGUUCCGGCUGGACUACAGCGACUACUACAAGCGGGGCGACGCCAAGCUGCACGAGCCGCUCACCUACCAGCACAAGCGCAUGAGCGAGAUCGGACUCAACUUGGCCAAGAACAAAGUGUCGGAGCGGUCUAAGAAGAAGUGACAGUCGCAGGCGCUGGGUCCCUCGACGAGCGACGCUUGCGCACCGUGGCUCAGCCUGCUCUGUGUGCGGCACGCCUAACGUCCGGUUACUCUGUGUGCGACACGCCUAAAGUUGAGCUACUCGUGUGUGGAGUGCCUAACGCUUGGAUACUAAUCUAAGAUUAGGGCUUUAUAAUCACUUUUUUACAAAGCUUGUAAAACUAAAAACUUACUAGAGAAUGUGCUGUCUUUAAUAUCGAGGAAAUCGAUCUGCGACUUGAAUGGCAUUAUUAAAUAAAAUUUUGUUACUUUCUAAGAAAUAACCGAGAUCUGUGAAGGAUCUCUGCCCCAAAAUGAUGGAUGCGCUAGAGCAAACACUUUGAAUGAAUUUAUUAAGUAUUAAAAUGUGUCAUACCAAGUAAUGUUUUAAAAUAUUACUAAUUAUAAGUGCCAUUAGUUCAUUAAUUGUUUACUUUUUUAUUAAUGUUUAAUUUAAAAGAAAACUCAAUAAUUGCUCUCUAAAUGUUAUUUUAACUUUCAACCUGGAUGAAUAAUUUACUAUCCUAUAAAUCGGAAGUGGCAUGUUAUGUUAAAUGCCGGCUCUUAUAAUAAAUUGUUAUACUAUUUUA